AAGGAGCGUUCGGUGAAAAAAUCAUGACACUGUAGAUUGCCAGAGCAAGGAAGCUCGAGAAUUGCUCGUCUUUGGUCUAAAUGGCCUCCGCGCUCAAGCCUCUAAUCUUCAAAUGGAGGCAUCACCACCUACACUUUAACCGGUUUGUCUGCCGGAGAAAACGGCAAUCUCUCUCCUGUCGGAGCAUGGCUGCUUCCUCUUCAGUUUCGGCUUCUGCCCCUUCCUAUUCGAAUAUCAUUGACUCACAUUUGCAUAUCUGGGCUUCUCCGCAAGAGGCGGCAGGCGAGUUCCCGUAUAGCGCCGGCCACGAGCCUACUCUACAAGGGGACUUGAAUUUCUUGCUUAAGUGCAUGGAAGAUGCUGGCGUGGACGGGGCUCUGAUUGUGCAGCCUAUUAAUCAUAUGUUUGAUCAUUCUCUGGUAACAAGUGCAUUGAGGAGACACCCUACCAAGUUUGUUGGCUGCUGCCUUGCGAACCCCGCCGAUGAUGGAGCUGGAAUUCGCCAACUUGAGUAUCUUGUUAUAGAGGAGGGUUAUAAAGCUGUUCGGUUCAACCCAUAUUUGUGGCCUUCUAAUCAAAAGAUGACAAAUGAAAUAGGGAAGUCCCUCUUCAGAAAAGCAGGUGACCUUGGUGUGCCCGUGGGUAUUAUGUGCUUCAAGGGACUCCAUCUUCAUCUUUCAGAAAUUGAGGAGCUCUGCACUGAAUUCCCUUCCACAACCGUUAUAAUUGAUCAUAUGGGAUUCUGCAAGCCACCAAUAAAUGAAGCUGAACGUCACACCUUUGCUGGUCUCCUAGGACUAUCUAAAUUUCCAAGGGUUUACGUAAAGUACAGUGCUUUGUUUCGCAUCUCGAGAAGCUCUUUUCCAUAUGAAGAUACAGCUCCCCUUCUCUCUCAAGUCAUCACAAGCUACGGCAUAAACCGCAUAAUGUGGGGCAGUGAUUUCCCUUUUGUGGUCGCGGAAUGCGGUUACAAGGAAGCGAAGGAAUCUGUUCUGCACAUUUCAAAACUUUUAUCGUUGACAUCGACAGAUAUGGAAUGGUUAAUGGGGAAAACAGCUCAAACUCUCUUCAAAAAUGCCUGGCAAAGUUAACGGCUAGAGAAGGGUCAACCACUCAAAGAUAAUUCCUUCAAAUAUUUCUCCUGUUGAGCUGUUUUUUGUAGUGGGCUGUGAGAUGAACAAGUUAGGAUCUGGUGCUAAAUAUAGUCUUAUUUGUAAUACAUGAUGUUUUAUAGAACACUGCAGUUUUAUGGAUUGUUUCCUCAUUAUUGGUCA